UUCGUCUCAGCACCGCUCCUCCCUCCGCCACCUCCGGUCGACCCUCUCCUCCCGUGUCGUCCUGUCUUUGCUCCCUCCAGUCCUUGCAUUCACAACCUUCGCCGCCGCUAUCGUUGCCUACAACUCCGCCGUCUCCGCACACUUCUUGCUCCCGGAGUAUUUCCCGGUUCUCAGGGCUUCUUCUCUGCCUUACCAGCUCACUGCACCCGCCCUGGCCCUCCUCCUCGUUUUCCGAACCGAGGCUUCAUACGCAAGGUGUUUUCAAAUUACUUCAUGGCUAGUAAUGCUAGAGAAGACACACAAAGCAACAGUGUUGCUCCAAAUGAUAAUGAAGUUGAAGUUCAAAGUAAUGCUAAUCCAACUUCAGAAACUCCACAAGCAACGGAUAAUGUCUCAACUCCAGAAGGAUCAACUCCUAAUGAAGGUGACAAUAAGACUCAUGUUAAGAGUGCUUACUGGGAGUAUUUUGAUCGUUUGAAAGUUGAAGGAGAAUGGAAGGCGAAAUGCAAGUUUUGCAAGAAUGUGCUUAGUGCAAAUCCGAGGAAUGGUACCAAGUCAUUGCGGAACCAUGUGGAUCGAUAUUGCAAGAGAAUAAAGGUGGCAAACUCUAGGCAAUCAUCAAUUGUUGAAUCAUUGUCAAAACAAUCACAAAAGCAAAAAGUGAAUGAAGAUGGUUUUGUGUUUGAUCCUUCAUUUACAAGAAAAUGUGUUGCUGAGAUGAUUAUUUUGCAUGAGUAUCCUAUGAGUUGUGUGGACCACCAUGGAUUGAGGCGAGCUUUUGCUUCAAUGCAACCAACUUUUAAAAUGCCUAGUCGAAACACUAUCAGAAAAGACAUCUUGAAGAUGUAUGGGGACGAGAAGCAGAAGUUAACCCUUCAACUAGAUGAAAAUGAUAGUAGAGUUGCAAUAACUAGUGAUAUGUGGACUUCCAACCAAGAAAAAGGAUACAUGGUUGUCACAGCUCACUAUAUUGAUACUUCGUGGAAGUUGCAUAUGCGCCUAUUGAGCUUUUGUUAUGUUCCUUGUCCCCAUACAAGUGAAGUUCUCACUGAAACGUUGAUGAAAAUAUUGUUAGAAUGGAACAUUGAUAGAAAAUUGUCCACUGUUACAUUGGAUAACUGUUCUACUAAUGAUGCUAUGAUAGAUGGACUGUUGGGGCGUUUGGAUUCUUCAUUCUUGAUGUUGGGGGGUAAAUUGUUACAUAUGCAUUGCUGUGCUCAUAUAUUGAAUUUGAUUGUGAAGGAUGGCUUAAGUAUUGUUAAAGAAAGUAUAGAAAAGAUUCGUAGUAGUGUAUUGUAUUGGACUGCAACACAGAAAAGGACCGAAACUUUUGUGAGUUGGUGUGCUAAAACAGCGACCUCAUUUACUAGGAAAUUAGUUCUUGAUUGCCCAACUAGAUGGAACUCAACUUAUUUGAUGUUAGAAACUGCUUUGUUGUAUAAAGCUGUCUUUCCUAGGUUAAGGCAGAAGGAACCUCAAUAUAAAACUGUGCCAAGUAAUGAGGAAUGGGAACUUGCGAAGGAAAUAUGUGACAGAUUGAAAUUGUUUUAUGAUGUUACUCAACUGUUUUUUGGGUCUAAAUUUCCGACUGCUAAUCUUUAUUUUACUUUGGUUUGUAAAAUAAAAGUGUCAUUGGAUGAAUGGGAAAUUUCUACUAAUCCGUUAAUUGCUAAUAUGGCAUCUAACAUGAAGAAGAAAUUUGAUAAGUAUUGGGAUGAAAUUCAUGGCAUUAUGGGUGUUGCUGCUGUUUUAGACCCUAGGUACAAGAUGGUUGGGGUUGAGUUUCAAUUUGAAAAAAUGUAUCCAGAUCCAACAGAAUGCUCCAAGCAAGUUGAUAGAAUUCAUCAGUUGUGUAAUGAGUUGGUUAAUGAAUACACUCAAAAAAUGAGUUCUGAUGUGUCACAUGUCGGUGUUGGUGUUGGUGUUGGCACAAAAGAACUUAAUGAAAGUAGAAAUGCAAGUUUAUUUGGGGGUGAUGAUUACAUGGUGUAUCUUAAAAGAAGAAAAAUGACAAGGAGUUCAUAUGUGAAUGUUAAGUUUGAUCAUUAUCUUGAGGAGGAAAUUCAUCCUCCAAAUGAUCCUAACUUUAAUGUUUUGAAAUGGUGGAAGAACAAUCAGAUGAAAUUUAAAGUUCUUGCAAAAAUAGCUAAGGAUAUAUAUGCUAUUCCGGUGUCCACUAUUGCCUCUGAAUCUGCUUUUAGUACAAGUGGUCGUGGGCGGGUCGGGGUGGGGCGGGUACCCGCAGGGGCGGGUUCGGGUUCUGUUAUUUACUACCCGCGGGUAAUCUUCCCUCUUGUGUGGACUAACACCUGCUGCAGCCAUCCACUGUACCGCGAAUCUGUGCUUAUUGAGGAGAAUGCGCUUGAUGUGAGCAACGCUGCCCAGAGCAAGCUUUUGGACGAUCUUGGUAUUGUUGCUGAAGAUGUGACAGUUGAUUGGUUCUUGCAAUUGGGCCGCAUACUUUACAAGGAACUUUCUGAUGGCAAAUGGGGAGAACAUGAAUUGCUGUUUUUGUCGGAUCCAACGAAUUAUUGGAGCAGGUUGUCUUGGGAGAAGAACGUCCACCGGAGAUUUGAGGUGAAAUUACAAGGAAUGGAAUGGAGAAAGGGUAUAGGAGAAAGAGAAUCAUCCACUGUAGUGGAGACCAACAACAGCUAUAGCAUCGAGUGUUCAACUACGAAGGGUUCAGAGAUAACAGUGGUGGAUUUGUGA